GCGGCGGCGCGGGCGGAACCCGGGCGCGGCGGCUCGGGGCUCGGCCGGGCGUGUGCGGCCCGCGCGCCGGCGGAAGUCGGGGCACCGCGCGGCGCGGCGGGGACCCACAUAGUGAUGCUCUGGGUUCUGGGUUCUACACUCAGGGGAUCACUCCUAAUGAUGCUCCGGGAAGCCACAUGGGAUUGAUUGAGUCCCAUUGCCCGGACCAUGCAGACCCCGCUGGCCAUGCCCGUACCCGUGCUGCGGCUCCCCCGGGGCCCCGACGGCUUCAGCCGAGGCUUCGCCCCCGAUGGGCGCCGGGCGGCCCGGAAGCCGGACGUGACUGAAGUCUCGGGCUCUGCCGCGGGAGCUCAGGAAUCUCGCGAGGUCCAGGAGCAGCGGGCACGAGCCGCCCUGCGCGAACGCUACCUGCGCAGCCUGCUGGCUAUGGUGGGCCACCAGGUGAACUUCACACUGCAUGAGGGCGUGCACGUGACCGCGCACUUCGGAGCCACAGACCUGGACGUGGCCAACUUCUACGUGUCGCAGCUGCAGACUCCGAUAGGGGUGCAGGCAGAGGCGCUGCUUCGGUGCAGCGACAUCAUCGCCUACACCUUCAAGCCGUGAGCACAAACCCAAGGGACUCCAAGCCGGCAGGUGCUCCUGGGCCCGGAACUCUGCGUGCACCCCAGGAAGCUCAGAACUGCUUCGGAAUUUCCUGCAGUGGGCUCCAGGCAACUGUGGCUCUUUGGGGGUACCCUGGAUCUGUCAGUCAAAUUCUACAGCCGGAGGUGUUCUUGCCCUGCCGCAGAGAACCGUAGAAAUCAGGCUUCAAAACCAAAGCAGAUCCUUAGGACUUCGGAGAAUGAUGAGUGGGGAAGAAAGGGCGAAUAAAGGAACAUGAACUGUG